CACGUCACAUGUUCCUAUUUCCAGUGCAAGCCUUUAGCACCUUCAAAUCGGUUGCUUCACCACAGCGACUCAUAUCCUCAUACACUUGUGGUAGUAGGUGUCUCAAGAAUCCAGGCAAGAAUUUUUGGAGACGUACUUUGCUUGCACCAAAUACAGUGCAUAGUUUCUCCAUCAUGGCAACAGAAUCCGCAGAUCCCAGCUCGAGUAAACUAAGAUACAUCGAUGUCGAUCGGCAUCAACUUCACCGACCCCAUCUUCCGAGGAGAAUACCACGGAACCCAGCGCCAUGAGAGCGAUUUCGAGGACGUCAUCCAACGUGGUUUAGAUGCUGGCUGCAAGAAGUUCAUGGUAACGGGCUCAGAUCUCGAGGAGUCCAAGCAUGCAAUUGAAAUCGCAAAAGCGCAUCCUGGCCAAUGCUACGCCACAGUCGGUGUCCAUCCCUGCUCAGCAAAACACUUUGACUCGCAUCCCGGCGGUCCUACUGCUCUUCUCUCCGCCCUCAAAUCCCUAGCCACUGAAGCUAAAGCCUCUGGACAUGCUGUAGCGUUCGGAGAAUUUGGACUCGACUAUGAUCGUCUCUUUCUGACGCCCAAGGAUCAGCAGCUCAAGUACUUCGAAGCUCAACUUGAAAUAGCUGUGGAGGUGCAACUCCCGCUUUUCCUGCACUCGCGCGCUGCGAGCGAGGACUUCGAGCGCCUGCUAAAGGAGAAGUUGGAGCAGUUACCGAAGAGGGGCCUUGUGCAUAGCUUUACAGGGAGUAUGGAGGAAAUGCAGCGAUUGGUUGAGAUGGGGUUUGAUGUUGGAGUCAAUGGAUGUAGUAUGAAGACGGACGAGAACAUUGAGGUUGUCGAACAGAUACCUUUGGAACGCCUGCAAAUCGAGACGGACGGGCCUUGGUGUGAGAUGCGUCCCAGCCAUGCAUCGGCCAAGUUCCUGAAAGAUGCGCCGCCUCUUCCCAAGGCGGUCAAGAAGGAGAAGUUUGUGAAAGGGUCAAUGGUCAAAGGCCGUAACGAGCCUGCCACAAUACCUCAUGUCGCGUAUGCCAUUGCGAAGAUAAAGGACAUCACUGUUGAGGAAGUGUGCGAUGCGGCUUGGAACAACUCAGUGAAGAUGUUUGGUCUUGGAGAGACGCUAGAGUGAGGAUGCAUUGUCGAACAUGCUCAUAAGGAUAUAUAGGAUAGACUGGGCAAUGCACAUAGAAGAUUGAUUUGUA